AUGGGUAUAGAUUCGGUCAUUAGUGCGUUUAAUGCCAUUGCUGUCACGAACCAAAGCGGAAUCCUUGGAGCAAACUGGUCUUCUGUGCAGGCGUCAAAACAAUCCAAGAAUAAUAAUGCUGGUGACGGAAAACGACCUGUUGUGAAUCAACAACCAUCACAACAAAAGCAGAAUAAUAAUAGUAGUGCUGGUUCUGGUCGUAGUAAUAAUAAUAACACUAAUAAUAAUGUAGGUGGUGCUGCUGGUCAACCAAUCUACAACCAACCACCUAAUCAGGUUCAAAAACCUAUUAAUAGUAGUUCCCAACCAGUGAUUCCACAAUCACAAAAUACUACGACGACAGCUGCUUCAGUCGAUGUCAGAAUCUCGGCUUGGCAUACGUUGGCUGCGCCGGAUGCCAAGACCAAAGAUGGAUUGGGUACCGGGCAGCUGCAUCGUAAAGGAAAAAAUUACAGGCCCGUUUCCGAGGCAGAAGUGUUGAGGAUUCAGAAAAAAGGACCACCUCCUAAAAAAG